GACCCGCUCGGGUUGUUUGUUUUGAGUCGGAACUCUUCCAGGUUCUGUUUCUUUAAGGCCCGGACCGUUUCGGCUGGGAUUCGGCUGCCGGUUGCCACGCCGCGGCGCCUGCUCAGUGCUCGGAACCGGGUCCCGGAGCCCCGCUCUCUGCGUGCGGUUGGACCGUCGGUCGGUGACCUUAUGUGGGGGAGGCUUUUGUUUUCAACCCGCUGCAGGCUGCACUUUCACCGGAGGAUGCCAGGACGAGCUGCGGCUUCUCCUGCACGGACAGCGCAGAAAUCCACGGAAACACGAUAUUGACAUGAAGAAAGACAUCGAGACUCUAAUAGCAGAGGAACGGGCUGACAUCAUCUUAAAAUAUGCUACGGGCAGGCAGGGUGGCGUGGAUAUCGAUCCCUGGGAAGAUGCUGAUUACAGCAUCUAUAAAGUCAUCGACCGCUUCGGCUUCAUGCAUGAGAAUGAGCUGCCGGCCCCAACAGUUCAAGAGGAGAAGCGCAAGCAGCUGGAGAUCGAGAGAGCAGAGAAAUGGUUGAAGAUGGUGAAUAAAUGGGACAAAUACAAGAACAGCGACAAGAUGGUGAAGCGGGUCUAUAAGGGCAUUCCUCUGCAGCUCCGCGGCCGGGCCUGGACGCUGCUGCUGGACGUGGAGCGGACCAAGAGGGAGAACCAGGGGAAAUACGAGAAAAUGAAGGAGCAAUCCCAACUGUGUUCCUCCGAGAUCAAGCAGAUCGACCUGGACAUCAACAGAACCUUCCGGAACCACAUCAUGUUCAUGGACCGCUUCGGGGUCAAGCAGCAGUCUCUCUUCCACGUCCUCUCAGCAUAUUCAGUUUAUAACACUGAGGUGAGCUACUGCCAGGGCAUGAGUCAGAUCGCCGCCCUGCUGCUGAUGUACAUGAACGAGGAGGACGCCUUCUGGGCGCUGUCGCAGCUGCUGACCAACGAUCGGCACGCCAUGCACGGCUUCUUUGUUCCUGGAUUCCCCAAACUUCACCGGUUCCAGGCUCAUCAUGACCAGAUCCUUUCCAAACUCCUCCCGAAACUGAAGAAACACAUGGACCGGGAGCAGAUGUCUGCAGGGAUCUACUGCACCAAAUGGUUCAUGCAGUGCUUCAUCGACCGGACGCCGUUCACCCUGACCCUUCGGCUGUGGGACAUUUUCAUCCUGGAGGGACAGCGGCUCCUCACCGCCAUGUCCUACACCAUCCUGAAGAUACACAAGAAGCGGCUGCUGAAGAUGUCUCUGGAGGAGCUGCGAGAGUUUCUCCAGGAGCGAAUCGCUCAGACGUUCUUCCACAGUGACGACCUGAUCAUCGAGCAGCUGCAGGCCUCCAUGAUGGAGCUGAGGAAGAUGAAGCUGGACCUUCCUCCUCCAGGGAAACCAGAGGAGCUGCCUCAGAAGCCUCUGGGCCAGGAGCUGCCGGUCCUGCUCGGCCCGGUCCAGCCGUCCUCAGCCACUGGGUUCCCCAGAGCCGGCCUGAGUCUCCACAUCAUGUCCCAUCAGCCGGACUCCAUUUCCCCAGACCAGAGCCCCUCCAAGGACCCCAGGGAUCUGGAUGCGGUGGAGGAACAGGAGGCCCCGCUGCCCUCUCCAGACCCCGUCAUCAUCCACAGCCAGGUGCCUCUCACACCUGAUGGCUCCCCACUGAUGGGGCCGCCGCCUUACCGGCCCCCAGGGAGUCCAGGUCCAUCGCUGCCAGGAGACCAGGACUGGGAUCCAACCGGCCGGUCAGCAUCUCCGGCUUUGGUUCUGGCUCAGUCUGAGUGCCUGUCUGAGUCAGAAAGUACUGAGGACCGAGACACGUCCCAGUUUCUGGACCAAGACUCAACUCUGUCCUCCACCAGGAGCACCGACCAGAACCAGAGUCGAGAAGCAGAGGAAAACCCGCCACCGAACGGUUCAUGAGCAGCAGAUUAAUGGUUAGAGGUCCAGUGUGGCUUGAAUGUUUUAUUUGGUUUCUGUGACAAUGGAAAAUGUUCUGUUUUAAGACUGAAGCGAGUUAGCAUGCCACUCUCUGGCCUUCUCCAGGUAACCGUUCAGAUGAACAUGAAGACUCCAACUCGUCUCAGUCGUCCCACAGAGUCGAACUCCAGACGGGCAGGUUCAGUCAGGAAACACCAAACGUAACGGCAGGGUCCAUAUUUAUCAGCUGUCUCAGCUUCCUGGGUGGUUUUAGCUCUAAGCAGAACCCAAACAUGUUCAUAUGGUAGAGAAACAACAUAGUAUUUAAUACAAGCUAAUGCUAAAGCGCUAACAUUAAUUAUGUUGAUACUCAUCAUUUGUCAAUGAUGAGCUAAAACA